UUGAUUCGUGGGUUACUCUACCCAUAAAUAAGGAGCAAGCCUUUGUUAAUUUGGCUUGGGUCGUAUCUUCUUUUCAGGAAUUCCGUAUUGGUGGUUCUCCUAAAUUAACAGGUUUUUCUAUUUUUCUUUCGAGAAGAAUAAAAGAACUACAAGACCUUUGUUCAUCAAAGGGAAUUCGAGGGGCUAGAUACUCUACGCAACAAAAAACAGCUAGGAGAGGUCCUAAAAAUACCGGAUCUUUUUUAAAGUUGUUUUUUGACCCAAAG